UUCUUCUUCUUCUUCUUCUUCUUCUUCGUCUUCUCUGUUUCGAGAGGUUUCUGCUCUGAUUUGAAGAACUAAGAAUCGUCAAAUCUUAGAGAGAGAGAGAGAGAGAAUGAGAGGAGAUCGAUCAUAUUUCCGAGUUUUUUCAGUAUUUUUGACAUUCUUCUUUGUGUUCAAUGUCUGUCACGCCCUCUAUGGACCUUCGUCGCCAGUGGUUCAGCUAACUCCUUCCAACUUCAACUCCAAGGUUUUGAAUUCCAAUAGAGUAGUUCUUGUUGAGUUCUUCGCCCCGUGGUGUGGACACUGUAAAGCAUUAACACCUGUGUGGGAGAAGGCUGCUACUGUCUUGAAGGGAGUGGCUACUGUGGCCGCUCUCGAUGCCGAUGAACACAAGUCUCUCGCUCAGGAAUACGGAAUUCAAGGGUUUCCAACAAUCAAGGUAUUUGUCCCUGGAAAACCACCUGUAGACUAUCAAGGAGCAAGAGAUGUCAAACCCAUCGUAGAAUUCGCACUCAAACAGAUAAAGGCACUUCUGAAGGAACGUUUAGAUGGAAAAGCAACCAGUGGUUCAAAUGGAAAAUCUGAACCUAGUGCCUCAGUAGAAUUAAAUUCUCACAAUUUUGAUGAGCUGGUUAUUAAGAGUAAAGACCUUUGGAUUGUGGAGUUCUUUGCACCUUGGUGUGGACACUGCAAAAAGUUGGCACCUGAGUGGAAGAAGGUUGCUAAUAACUUGAAGGGGAAAGUGAAGUUAGGUCAUGUGGACUGUGAUGCAGAAAAGUCUCUGAUGAGCAGAUUCAAUGUUCAAGGAUUCCCCACUAUCUUGGUCUUUGGUGCUGACAAAGACAGCCCAACACCUUAUGAAGGUGGAAGAACUGCUUCGGCGAUUGAAUCCUUUGCUCUCGAACAGCUCGAAACAAAUGUUGCACCUCCAGAAGUGACCGAGCUAACUGGCCCAGAUGUGUUGGAAGAAAAAUGUGGUUCUGCUGCCAUCUGCUUUGUUGCUUUCCUGCCCGACAUUUUGGAUUCUAAAGCAGAAGGGAGGAACAAGCACAUUCAGCAGUUAUUGACAGUUGCGGAGAAGUUCAAGAGGAGCCCCUACAGCUACGUAUGGGCAGCUGCCGGUAAGCAGCCAGAUCUUGAACAGCGUGUUGGAGUUGGCGGGUAUGGCUAUCCGGCUUUGGUAGCCCUAAACGUGAAGAAAAGCGUUUAUGCCCCACUCAAGAGUGCCUUCGAGCUUGAACAUAUUAUAGAAUUCGUAAGGGAAGCUGGGCGUGGAGGAAAAGGAAACUUGCCGCUGGAAGGCACUCCCACGAUCGUGAAGACCGAACCGUGGGAUGGUAAAGAUGGAGAGAUCAUUGAAGAGGACGAGUUCUCCCUUGAAGAGCUAAUGGGGGAAGAUACUACGAGCAAGGAUGAGUUGUAAUCAAUUAGGACUCAUUUGAGGAGAGAAAAUGAGAUUCAGGCCAAAAAAAAAAAAGGAAAAAAGAUUUCAGGAGUCAGAUCUGUGUUGCGAGUAUUUCUAAUGUAACGUCCUUAUUUACAAUGACUUUUCUCCAUGCUUCCCAGGUGUUUGGUGAUGAGGAAGACAAUAAUAAUUUUUGUUUUUCAUUCUACCAAACCAA